AUGGCUAACCAGACUCCCGACUCCUGGGAGGAUGAACUCUCCCGGCAGACCGAGGGCGUUAACCUGAACGCACAAGGCCGGCCCCAGGCUCAGGCUCCUUCUUUCCACCCCGGCGUGGCCUCUUUCCAGCCUGGAGCAGCUGCUUUUGUGCCUGGACAGCAGUUCCAGUACGGCGGAUACCCCCAGUAUGGCCAGCAAUACGGACAGGGCUACGGCGGUUACCAGGGUUAUGAUCAGCAACAGGGCUACGGCCAAUACGGCGCAUACGCUCAGCAACCCGGUGGCUAUAACCAAAUCUACAACCAAAACUACAAUGGAUACCAGCAGAAACAACAAUUCUCCCAGCAGCCUCGCCAGGCCGCUCCCGCUUCCGCCCCCGCUCAACCUGCCCCGAAACCCGCCAGCACUGCCGCUCCCAAGGCUAAAGUUUUGAGCAUCGGUGGCGCCAGCGAUUCCCCUAACGCCCCGAAAACAAAGGUCCUUUCAAUCGGUACUCCCACGCCGGCCUCGACUACUCCCUCCUCCGAUUCCGGAUCUCUCGCCGAGGCUAAGGGCCCCGCAGCUGUUGAGGCUGCUUCCAAGGUGACCGCCGCCAAGGCUGUCGAGAAGACAGAAAAGAAGGCGGAGCAGAAGGCAGCUGCCAGUGGCAAGUCGUCCCCAGCUCCAUCAGGGCGCAACAGCCCUGGGCGAUCUAGCCCUUCCCGAGCAGAGAUUGCGAAGGAAAAGCGUGACGCAGAUGCUGUUGCUGCUGAGCAGAAAGCCGACGUCGACGAGGAGACGUUGAAGGAAAUCUACGGCGAGAAGAAGGAGCACGUAAACAUUGUUUUCAUUGGACAUGUCGAUGCUGGAAAGUCCACCCUCGGAGGAUCUAUCCUUUACGUUACUGGAAUGGUGGACGAGCGUACACUCGACAAAUACAAGAGGGAUGCAAAGGAAGCCGGUCGUGAGACAUGGUAUCUCUCUUGGGCCCUGGAUCUCACAAAUGAGGAGCGUGCUAAGGGAAAGACUGUCGAGGUUGGCCGUGCUCACUUCAAGGUCGACGUCCCAACUCCUGAUGGCGUUAUCGAAAGACAUUUCUCCAUUCUCGACGCCCCUGGCCACAAGUCCUACGUUCACCACAUGAUCGGUGGAGCUUCUCAAGCUGAUGUCGGUGUGCUCGUUAUCUCCGCCCGAAAGGGUGAGUACGAAACUGGUUUCGAGAAGGGCGGCCAGACUCGAGAGCACGCCCUGUUGGCAAGGAACACCGGUGUGCGGAAGCUUGUUGUCGCUGUCAACAAGAUGGACGACCCGACUGUUGAAUGGAGCCAGGAUCGUUUCAAGGAGUGCACUGUCAAGGUUUCCAAGUUCUUGGAAGCCCUUGGUUACAAGAAGGACGACCUGACUUUCAUGCCCAUUUCCGCUCAACGCACCUUGGGUGUUAAGGACCGGGUCUCCUCGGACGUUUGCCCCUGGUACAACGGACCUUCCCUCAUCGAGUAUCUCACCGAAAUGAAGAUGCCCGAGCGUAAUCUCAAUGCACCUUUCAUGAUGCCUAUCAGCACCAAAUACCGUGACAUGGGUACUAUGGUUGAAGGACGCAUCGAAGCUGGUGUCAUCAAGAAGAACGCGACUUGUAUCAUCAUGCCUAACCGCACGAAGGUUGAAAUCGCGGCGCUCUAUGGUGAGACUGAAGAUGAGAUCGCGACUGGAACUUGCGGCGACCAGGUGCGCAUGCGUCUUCGUGGUGUUGAAGAAGAAGAUCUGCUUCCUGGAUUUGUUAUGUGCUCGCCUAAGCGCCCAGUUCACUGUGUCUCUGCGUUUGAGGCGAAGAUUAGAAUCCUUGAUCUGAAGAGUAUCCUCACAGCCGGUUUCAACUGCGUUAUGCACGUACACUCCGCUGUUGAAGAAAUUACAGUUGCGGCUCUGCUGCACAAGCUCGAGCCCGGUACUGGACGCAGGAGCAAGCGUCCCCCACCAUUUGCUAGCAAGGGUCAGACGAUUAUUGCACGCAUUGAAAUCACCAGCGCUGCAGGUGCUGUCUGUGUCGAGCGUUUCGAGGAUUACAACCAGAUGGGUCGGUUCACCCUCCGUGACCAGGGUCAAACCAUCGCUAUCGGUAUGAUUACCAAGCUCAUCGAGGAGUAA